AUGGAUGCGAAUUUGGAGCUGGACUUCGAUCAACUGGUAACAUUUCAGUAUUCCAUUUGUCAUCUGAACUUUCUCGUUAUUCAAACAUGCUCUUAUACGCGGCGGUUCUCACGACAAAUACCUCGUCGAAACAUCAGACUUGUCACGGGUCGGGACGUGCCGAUAAACAAAUGUUUGCUGGCCCUGCUUGGCAGUGCUUGGCCUAGGCGGCCUUGAAACAUGAUGCACACAGAAAUUUGUGCAAGUAUCGAACAACCGAAAAAUAUCAAAAAUGCUCAAUGUUUUCUAAUCAGCUGGGCCUCUCGGGAAGUCUCUCACAGUCGGACUUGGAUGUAACAAGUCUGCAUAUUUUGAAUUACAGAUCAAGUUUGUUGAUGACAAGAAGAAGGAAACGUUCCGAAAAAGUAUGGAGAGCGUGAGAGAAGUCUCAAACAGAAACAGGUUAAACAUGCGUUUUGUUCGUAACUACAAUGUUUCCCAAAUAUUUCUUCAGAAAUUUGCUCAUUGACAUCGAAAGUCUUCCUGACGUCAGGCCGGAGGACCAAAUUUUCAGUCCGUCUCGAUUUCGAUUGCCAUUCUUUUCAUCAAGACCUCAAUCUCUGCCACCGCCAGUGACUCAGCGGCAAAUGUAA